AUGGAUGGUGAAUGGGCAUUACAAAAUGCAUUUACAGACGUAUUUCCAGGCCUUGAAACGCUUCGUUGGCAUAAUCAUUUUUAUAAAGACAUUAAAAAGUGCUUACGUGAAAAUCUUAAUCGUCUUCAUCAAGGAGUUACUAAUCGUGCACAAGAACCAUCACCAGCAAUAACCGUCACCACAACACCCUUCGUUUUACCAGAAUUAAUAACAAAUCAAUUGCCAUCAUCUAACGAAUCUCCGAAUGAUUUAUACAGACGAUUGAAAGAUUUAUUCGUGAAACAACAUUUGGACGAUGUAUGUAACUUGUUAAGGGGUGUUACGAAAAUUGAAUUUAUGAAUGAAUAUCAAAAGAAAAAGGUUGAAUGGGCACCAGCAUUCACAGCGUACUGGGAACGAUGGCAUUUAUCGCAUAUUGAUUGUUUUGGUACAUGGACCAAUAGACCCUAUGGUUUAUUUGAUGAAAUUUCUGGCAUUACCAACAAUCCCGUUGAGAGUAUUAAUGCUGUUUUAAAAAAAUGGAUUUCAUGGAAACAAUUAACAACGGACAAAUUGGUGCAAAUGUUGUAUUUAUUUCUCGGAUAUUAUUGCAAUGAGAUCAAAAGAGGUUUAUCUUAG